AACCUAUAUAGACCUAAAUUUUUUACAUGUAAAGAAUGUAUUGAUGACAUCUAAACGAGGUAGAUAUAACUGUUCCGUACAUAACUAACUUAUAACACUUCUCUCAAGUCUCGAGUAUAUAUAUAUAUACACAAAGUGAGAGACUUGAGACAGAGCACUGAACUAACUUGCAACUCUGUUUUUUCAACUUCUACCAGAAAAAGAGAAAAAGAAGCAAAAGAUACUUCAAUGGCGCAAACUACUGUCACUGUAGUCGCGACCAAACGCGAUGCUCUUGAUCCUUACAUCAAGAUUCUUCAGAAUCGAUCAAACGACAUCGAUGUCUCCUUCUCUUCUUACCUCAAACCAGACAACAACGAACAACAACAAAAGGAGAAUGAAGAUACUGAGCUAAGUAUCUUCGAAGCUCGAAGUUACUUUAGCGAAAACGGAAGCAACGAUAGUCGAUGCCAGACGAGGAAUCUAAGUGGUCCAAGAUUUUCUUCGGUCGCAUCUGCAAAAGUGUCUUCUUUUACCGUGGGACAAACGGCAUCCUCUGAAGCUAGCUGGAACAGCCAAACCGGUUUGCUCUCUAACAAAAACCGCCAAGGAUCGGACAGAGAUGGACGUAGAAGCAGCAAGAAAGGACCAAGAUGGUUUUUUAGACGCAGGGCUUGUCCAUGUUCUAGCUCCAAGUCCGUUCAGGUCCAAGAAUCCAAACCAAGAAUCGCAGUGCCCAAAACCGGUUCUGACCGAAUCGUCUCGAACCGAAUAGUUCAUAGUCAUCAGACGAUAUCUUCACCUGAGCCAAUAAGAUUAACGAUCCCUUCAAACACUGUGACUCGGUCCAUCGAUUACACUGCAAACAAAGAAGCUAGAGCUCCAGUUAGUAAUUUUAGCUUCCCAACUCUAAACGAAACUUCACAAUUAUCAGAAAAUCCCAAGAAUCCGGUUUUGAAUCAUAUUAAACCGGUACGAAUUGAACCGGCUCUGCUUCCGAUUAAACCGGUUCUGAAUCCUACGAGUCCCAAGGGAGUCAUCAUAGACGAAGAAGCCACAAGCGACGCAAGCUCCGAUCUUUUUGAGAUAGAGAGCUUCUCUACUCAAACCGCAGCUCGUCCAUGGGCUCCACCAGUACGGGACUCGAUGGAAGAGACCGUGUCUGAGUACGGUUACGAGCCAAGCGAAGCAAGUGUUACUUGGAGCGUUAUGACCGCCGAGCCGGCCUCGGCCGUUGCAGCUAACUUCUCAAGAAUUGCCUUGUCGUCAUCGUCUACAGCAUUUAGUGGUUACGAUAAGAAGAGAACCGGUUUGUUGAACUGUCAUUGUGAGAAGGCGGUUAUGGUUAACGGCGAUAAGCGUUUAGUGCAACCGGUUAAGAGCGUUGGUGUUCAAAACGACGUCGCGGGAAAGGUGUUGUGCAACAAUGGCAGUUCUAAACUAAGCGUGACGAGUAGACCAAGGCAAUGAUGGAUACCAAAUCUUUGUUCUUGGUUUAGAUCCGGUUUUCUCCAGUUAUCUUGGUGUGUUUUGGAUGCUUCUCGUGUAAAAUUGCUCUGUUUUUUCUUCUUCUUUUUUUUGGUUAAUAUAACUUGUGUAAUGAUUAAUGAAGAUUAUGGUUUGUGAAGUAAACAAAAUCAAUGUGUCCUGUAUUUAUCACAAUAUUGAUCACAUUUUUUUGUAAUAACCGGAGUAAAUCCCGGAGUGAAACCCAAACUAAUCCUCAAUACUUGUAUGUUGUAUUUAAGGCGUCUAUAGUCAAG